AUGAACAACGAUUUUAUCUUUGGAAACCCAUUCCCAGACACGUCGACUGGCAACACAACAAGAGAAGCACAAGGUGAUAUUCAAUAUAAUCCUCCACCAGAUCAAUAUUCACGAAACAAUGAAACAUUUGCUGGUUUUAAUGAGGUACAGAAGUCUUUGAUCACACAGAUGGUAAAUGAAAGUAUGGUGAAUACAAUCAGUAAACCACAGCUACCAAAUUUUUUCAAGGACAAACCAGAGCUCUGGUUCAUCUUGAUUGAAUCUGAAUUUCAAGCAACAAAAACAACAAAUGAUGACAUGAAAUAUUAUUCUGUAAUAAGGGCACUUGAUGCAGACAUGCUCCAGCAAAUUACUGGCAUUUUACAUGACCCACCAGUUGUCGAAAAAUAUAAAAAAAUUAAAGAAGCAUUAAUUCAAAGAACUUCAGUCUCACGUGAUAAACAAAUUCGCCAACUAUUGACAUCAAUGGAUCUGGGAGACAAAAAACCAACACAACUUCUUCGUGAAAUGAAGGAACUGGCUGGUGAAUCCAUGACAGAGGAUAUGUUGCAUCAAUUAUGGCUAGACCGAAUGCCAAAUCAAAUAAAACCUUUGUUAGUCGUGUCAUCAACAUUAACAUUGAAAGCACUUGCUGAAGUUGCUGAUAGAGUCCUUGAAGCAUCACGAAGCUCUUUUGUAAUGGCAACAACAGCGUAUGGACAAAAAGAUGCAUCAAUAUCAACAACACACAAUCGUCUAGAACAAAGAUUAGACAACUUGCAACAAAUGUUGAUGGAAUGCAUGAAAGAAAUCAAAGAAAUGAAGGUAAAAUACAAUACCAGAUCUUCUAGAUCAAGAUCUAGAUCACAAUCAUACCAACGGUCUGACAAAUCCAUGUGUUACUAUCAUCAUAAUUUUGGUAACAAUGCCAACAAAUGCGUACCACCUUGUUCAUUUAAACCAAGUGAACAGGGAAACUAA